UAAAGAAAAAAUAAGUUUAUAAACGGGAGGCGUGCCUGCGCGUGGUGACAGCUGUGGGGGCGGAGCUACGGAAGAGGAAGUGCACCGGCACCGCGUGGCUAGUCUGUCAGAUGUAAACAAAGCCGUGGACCUUUGAAAAGAAGGUAAAAUUAAACAUAACACGUCAAUAAUACGGUUAGAAAACGUAGCCAAGUUGUUGCUCUAACUACAGAGAAAGCUGUCGGACGGUGUCACUCGAGGCGCACCAUGGUUCAGCUGUAAAUAACAAUAAAUGUUAGCCUGAGCUGCUUCUGCCGGGGCGCCCUUUUCCAGAACGGGUUGCCAUAUUUGACACGAUCCCUCUAUUACAACCGCCAAAAACCAAACAGCGAGUGAGGGACUAGAACAAGUCAGGUAAGUCCACGGUAACUGCGAGGAAAGUUACCCAGGUCGAAACACCAUGGGCAAGUGAACGUACUCAUGUAAAUGUUUAGAUGUACUUUAUUUGAAAUACAAUUAAAGUCAUAUUGCAGUGGGGGUUGGGCGAGUGAACUAAGCCCCCGACUUCAUGUAAAAGUAUUUUUCUCAUUGUUACUAAUCGCAGUUAUAUAACACAGCAUAAUACACACGGGUAUCUUGACUCUGCGUCUAUCCAGAGUGAAGUUCUUGGAUAUUUUGUUGUGUCUGUUAUCUGGUUGGACUUUGUAGAUGGUCCCUGCACACUCAAGUCAUGGCUGUCUGUGCAGAGGGACUUGGGGUACUGUAAAAGGAUCAUGAGCUGAAAUGACUGCAAAUGCUUCAUGCUAAACUUUCAAGUUUCUUGAACCAAAAUGUAAUACUUAUUUCAGAUAAAGUAUUAAGAACAUGUUGGCCUGAAGUAUCUUGAGAUAAGAAUAUUUGGACUUGCUUUAUUUAAGUGUAAUGAGGUCUUCUUGACUGGAAUUGAGACAAAUUCGCUUGGUAAGAUUUUGAUUUUUUGCAGCAUUGAAAUCACCCCAAGGUGGCUGCCAUGUAGUUGCUGUAAAUGUAUAUGUUUUAAGCAAUAUUUUGACUCACUUUAGAGAAGUACAAUACUUACCAAAAAAAGAAUGAAAAAAAAAACCCUUAAAGAAUAAAGGUACUGACUUUAACGCCUCUCAAAAAAGUACAGGUAGGCUCCUGCCUUUUUCAUUUGUCUGGCAUGUGUCAAAAUGUUGUUUGUGUACAUUUCUUACCAAUAAAAAAAAUUUAAAAACUCAAUGCAUUUCUAUUUCAAAUAUUUACUUAUACGGUUGAUUUUUACUUUAAUGAUGAUUUAUUGUUGUCUGUUUGUUUGACAUAGUUGAACUUUGGCCGGUCACGUGACACUCAAGCUUGGAGAGACAAAAAAACAAUGUUUCCUGUCUGAUUUCUGGUUUCUGCAUUCCACAGAAUGAAGAGCAGGAAGUUUGUGGACCUUUUUGGCCGUCUGAAAUCUGUGGUUAUUGGAAUGAUUCAUGUUAAAGCUCUACCAGGUAACAUACUGACACAUGCAGGCAAGUGUUUGUAUUAAGUUUUCAGCAAUCUUCAUUGUUUUGAGUUUCUUUCCUGAGCUAACAGUGGCAACACCACCCUCAUGCACACAUGUAAGUAUGUAAAAGUAGCAGAUUCUCUUUGGUAGCUGUCUUGCAUUGAAGAAGUUUCUCAGAUGGACACUUUAUUCUCAAAAAGAGAAAAUUGGAAAUAACCUUUUGAGUGUCUUACUUUUGCACAUAACAUUAUCAAGUUAGUAUGAGUGACCUUUUAUUGUCAUACCUGGUCUAAAUAAAGCUGAUUUAAAAAUGCGACAAUAAUAACAAACUUUAAACUUAUGCUCAAGUACAGCAAAAAUGUAAUAUGAAGAAAGAUUACCAAGUAAGUUUUCCUGCUCCUCUUUAUAUUUGGGAAGCAAAAUAGUGAUAUUUCUACUGUGUGUGACAGAUUUUCUGGUCUCUCUCAGGUACCCCACUGAGUGGUCUGAAAAUGUCCCAGAUCGCUGCAGAAGCAUGCAGGGAGGCCGAAAUCUACCAAGAUGCAGGGAUUGUGAGUCUUAUGAUAUUGUUACUCAUUUGGCAACGUUCUGUGCAAACUGGAAACCACAGCUUCAAACCUUCUGUUUCAGGAUGGAUUGAUCAUUGAGAACAUGCAUGAUAUCCCAUACUCCUUCUCUGUUGGCCCUGAGGUGUGUGCCUGCAUGACUGCAGUGUGCUGUGCUGUGAGGAGCAUCUGUCCUUCCCUGCCACUCGGGGUGCAAAUACUCUCCUCUGCAAACCAGCAGGCUCUGGCUGUAGCUCUGGCUUCAGGUUCACUUUGUUUUGACAUUAGUUAAGGCGUUUCUGUGAGGCCAUCAUCAUCUACAACUUCAGCUUUGGAGACAUUUAAUAACAUCUUAAAUAGGAGUAAUCUAAAGUAUUUUUUAUUUAUUCAUUUAUUUUAUUAUGCAAAUUACUUAAUCAUGACUCAUCUUACAUGUUCCCAAAGGUCACAUGCAUUUGGACAAAUCUGCGUUUGGUUUUUGAGCACCAAACUUUUGAAAAUGUGCUCCAUAUCUGCUUCUUGGUGAUUCUGUUUUUCUUCCUUUUGUAGCUAUUACUAGUUAUUAUAAUUAUUCUAUUGUCUCUUGCCCCUUCACCUCUCAAUAUGAUAUUUUCCCUGAUUUGUUCAUGCUCUCUCCUUCUUAUUGCUAACUCCAGGCUCUUUUGUUGUCCGUACCGCGGCAACAUAUUAAUCAGGUUUUACCUUCGUGUAUUUCUAUGGAUUUAUAUAAAUAAGUGGAAAGUGAAUAAGGGUAAAUCCAAAGUGGUCAUAAUGUAAACAGGUUACCUUAACAAACCUGACUGUAGCUGGUCAGCCUCUCUAAUUUAUCUUGUGUUUAUCACUACAAUGAGUUGUUGUGCGUUUGGGGACUUCUCUGUAAAAAAAAAAAAAAAAAAGUCAAGGAUCUGUUUCUAUCCAAGGUUAGUGGACCAUAGCUUCACACUUGCUGUUUUUGGGCACAGGUCUGGAUUUUAUCAGAGCAGAGGGUUUCGUCUUCUCUCAUGUGGCUGAUGAGGGCCUCCUUAACGCCUGUGCUGGAGACUUACUAAGAUACCGCAGACAGAUUGGAGCUGAGCAUGUGCAGAUACUCACUGAUAUUAAAAAGAAGCACAGGUAAGAUGGUUUCUACCAAUGAUGCCACAGAGACUCACCAGCACAGUCUCUUCAGCUGUCACCCAACAACCACAACAACCUCACUUCAAUCUCCCCCUGUACUUACUUUCCCAGGCUUCCUCUAACAGACUCAGAAGCUUUUGUCACAGUUACACCUGUAUAACAUUGCACAGUGGAAACACACAAACAAUAAUAAGUUAUUUAUUUAAAGCACAUCAUUGCAUGUGCUGUUUGAUUUAUUUGGUCAUUUGCAUGCUAGGACCUCGAAGGAUUUUCACUAACUUCGUAUAUCAUGUUUAGACUUGUGUAACUAUGUGUACUAUGUGUGUGUUUUUAGUUCCCAUGCCCUGACGUCAGACGUGAGCAUUGAAGAGACGGCACGUGCUGCAGAGUUCUUCCUCUCAGAUGGACUCAUCAUCACAGGGACAGCCACAGGCACGCAGGCUGACCCACAGGAGCUCAGAGGUAACAUGACAGUCUCCUCUACUUACAGUUUGGAGCUAUAGAAUGAUGCAAGAACGCUGACUUUCAUCCUUGAGUGUUGAACAUUUAAACUAAUUUUUUUGAUUAAAUAAUUCAGUUUAUUAUGUUAGUAUUUAAAGUGAUGCAUCUGCAGUGGUUUAAAAUGGAGAUUAGGAACUUACCUCCCAGACCACAGCCUUACAAAGUUCAUCGUGCAACUCAUUUUGUCCAGCAGAGGGCACCCUCGCCUCACCUGUUGGAGUUCCUGAAUGCACAGUUCUGUCUUCUGUUGAACAGAACCGAGCACAGUCUGACCAACAGUCACUUUUUCAGAUAUGAUUUUUUUAUGAAUUUAAAUGCAACAUUUAUUUCCAUCAUCAUAUUCAGAGCAUUCUUCAAAAAGGUGGUAUUUAGACCCCUCAGACCAAAUGGCCUCAUGUUGGGAUUGCUACCCUCUUGAACCCAACAUGAACCCAGCCCCCCCUCUGCUGACUCACUUAGGGUGAAUCUCCUUUAUUCUUACUUGCUGUGUUCACACACAGAUUUGUGCAUGUGUGUUUAUUUGAAUUUCAUAGUACUUGUAUGAAAGUCACCAGAUAACAUGUCAUCUGAGUGCCUUUCCUCAAUGAGAUCAUAUUGCAUGUUCUCAGGCAGCACAUAACCUGUAUGAGGUCUCUGGGUUAACCUAACUGUAACUGUAUAAGAUAAGGAACAAAUGUGGCACUUCAGCCACAGCUUCAACUCAGCUGCAGGAGAGCAUGCUGGCUGCAUGAUGAGAACUGUCAUUUGUCAUUUAAGUCAUUUGGUGAUUUAAUGUGGUAGAUAUCUUACAUUUUGCUCCUUUGUUCUCUCUGAGUAGGUGGAUAAUAAAACUUCUGCUUCAAACUGUCUAAAACAUCAUUUUAAUGAUUACAUUACAAUAUCUGCAGGAUGUUCUGUGAGCCACUGAACACUUUAAAAGGAAUCUACUCCACUACUUUUGUGUUUACACUAUUUCUUAUUGCAACCAAAUUGACUUUUUACAUGUAUUUAAGUUUUCCAUGUUGUUUAAUCCUUCUUUCAUUGGUGGCUGAAAAGAUUGACUGAAGCAUUCAACUGGAGCGCUUACAGCGUAGUAGUCGAGGUGUAUCCCAUCCACAGAGGCCGGAGUCCUUGUUGCUUCAGCUUUUUGCUGCAAAUCUUCCAUCACUUUCUGAGUUCUUUGCAUCUUUUUUUAGCGGCAUUGUCUAAUAAAGGCAAAAUGCCAAAAAUAUGGCAUCCCCUUAAAAAGGGAUUCAGCUUUGAACCCAAGAAGGGUCAGGGGCUCUAUAAGCUGGACCAGGGCUGACAGACAGAGUCUCCAACACAACAUGUAUAUUUAUGAUAAACUAACAGACAUACAGUGCAGUGUGGAGGGCAGCAUUAGCUGUGUCCAAAGUUCACUGAAGUUUCAUUUUCUUUCUGUUUUGUUCAUGAGCAGCAGUCACAAACAGGCUCAGAUUAUGAAAACAGUCUGCUGUGUAGGUGCUAGAUUCAAAUGAAGUGGCUGUGUCUUCUGUCCGAUUACCAUAAAAUGCUUCCAUGCUGGUAAAAAGUGAGAAGGUUUUAAUUUCCUGUGUUAAUUCAUUACGGUUCUUAUGCAUUUGGAAAUUGUCUCUUUGACUCAUGUUAAUUCCACCAAUGUGAAUCUUUGUUGUUGCUUUCUUUCUUUUCAUUUGCAGAAGUUUCCAGGUCCGUGAAAGUCCCGGUGCUCAUAGGUUCAGGUGUGACUUACAACAACAUUGAACAGUACAUUGAAGCAAACGGGAUGAUAAUCGGCUCUCAUUUUAAGAAAGGUGGUCACUGGGCCAAUGCAGUUGACCCAGAGAGAGUGAAGAAUUUCAUGGGAAAGAUGUGUGAGCUACGAAAAUGAAGAGGAAGCUUUUCUGUCAUGUGGUCAGGGUCUGUUUAACUCUGCUCCCUGGUGUGUUGAAUGAUAUGAUGUACUGUAGAUGAUGAAAUCCACUCAUUCUUUCCCAUUUGACACUCAGGAACAUUAUUCUGAAACUGUUGAACUAUUAGCUCACACAGUCCCUCAAAGUGUGGUGAACCUUUUCCCAUCUUUCCCUCUGAGAGACUCAGCCUCUCUGAAUGUCCUUUUAAGACCCAGUCAUGUUACUUAACUGUUGGAAAUUAACCUCAAUGGUUGAAAAUGCUCCUACAGUUGUUUUUUUCUACGGUACACCCCUUUUCAGUGUUUUAGGGUCCCUGUUCCUUCUUCUUUGAAAUAUGUGGCUGGAAUGACAUUUUAUGUAACUUUUAAUAUCAUUAAUUAAUGAAAAUGUAGGGUGUAAGUCAUUGCAUCCAUCAAAAUCAGUUUUUGCCAACAUUUUACACAAGGUCCAAACACUUUUGGAAACAGGGUUAAAAAUGUGCGAGACUCUUCUCUGCAGUUGAUUUAUUAAGAUGUGGGUAAUCUCAUUGAUUAUAGUGUCACCCUUGUUAUGUGGGAUCAUAUGUCAAAAUAAAUAUGUAUUAACACAAGGUUAAAAAAA